AUAACAGCCGAAGGAGCAACGCUGAUUGCGAAGAAUUUAAGGGAAGUAAGGGAACAUCUAUUCGCCAUUGAUACAGAAGUUGUCGCGAUUGAUGAGGGCCAGUUUUUUGAUGACUUAUCCUAUACAUGCGAACGUCUCGCUUGUGAGGGAAAAACUGUAAUCGUUGCCGCAUUGGAUGGCACGUUUUUGAGGAAGCCUUUCGCCGAAGUCUCGCAGUUGAUUUCGUUUUGUGAUGAAAUCAAGAAACUUUCUGCUGUAUGUAUGGAAUGUGGCGCUGAUGCUCCGUUCACUUUCAGAAGCACAAAUGAGAAAGCGGUUGAAGUGAUAGGAGGAGAAGAUACGUACCGAGCUCUGUGCAGAGCUUGCUACUACUCGUGCUCUCUUCGCAAAGGAUGUGAACGCUCAUGCAGAGGAUAACCCAACCUCAAUAUUUGGUUUCAUAAUUUAUUUCCUUUCUAACCGACAAAAGAUCAGACUUCAAGCACCUGUUCUGAAACGAAACGAACUUUUUCUCGAAUCUAAAAACAACAAUUACCUGCCGUACGGUGUUAAUUUUCUCGCUAUUACGCGAUGAGUUGCGCGUUUCCCAGAUGGGCGGCCUCGUUCAAAGCGAUUUGCAUCAAUUGAUGUC